CUUAAGUUAGGCGAGAGAAACUGGAGCGGACUGUUUUUGUUUUGUGAUCGACAGAAGCCCAGAGAGACGGACAUUUCACGGUGCUAUACAGCUCUUUUAAUCGGAAUUUCAGUUGACCUGACGAACAGAUAACUACAAUGGGUGCCGGUUCGAGCACCGAGGCGGAAAGGGAGCCUCUUCUCAGGCCUUCCCAUUUGGAGACAAACAGUCAGCCAGUAAACAGUAGAGUGUACGGGAGAAGAUGGCUGGUUUUGACCCUGUUUUCCCUGUUAGGACUCAUGCAGGGGAUGGUGUGGAACUUCUGGGGUCCCAUUGUAAACUCGGCCGUUCACGCAUACGGAUUCACCAAGUCCGACAUCGCAGUUCUGGUGCUGUGGGGCCCAGUGGGUUUCGUCCCCUGGCUUCUGUUUAUGUGGUUAAUGGAUAAAAAAGGUCUGAGGGCGUCCCUCCUCCUCUCUGCGUUCUUCAUGCUGCUAGGAGCCACUCUGAGGAUCAUCCCACUGACAGAUGAGCGUCUCAGACGGUGGUUUAUACACGGAGGUCAGUUUCUGAACGGUUUAGCCGGCCCAACCAUAAUGAGCGCCGGCCCCUUCCUUUCCACCACGUGGUUCGCUCCUGACCAGAGAGCCACUGCGACCGCUGUGGCCUCACUGUUCUGCUACCUGGGCGGCGCUGCUUCGUUUCUAGUGGGACCUCUGGUAGUGCCAGCCCCGAAUGAAACCCAGGCUACAAGCACGAUGGCGGCAGCGGUUUUCAACAGCUCCAUCCGAGACAGGAUCGAACUGGUUAUGUAUGCAGAGUUGGCUGCGAUUGCUGUGCUUUUUGCAGCAGUCCUGCUCUAUUUCCCGUCACGCCCACCAAUUCCUCCCAGUGUGGCUGCUGCAAGCCAGAGGCUCAGUUACAGGAGCAGCAUCUGCAGACUUCUUAGUAACCUGCGGUUCGUGAUGAUAGCUCUGGCCUAUGCAGUUCCCACAGGAGUGAUUGCUGGCUGGUCGGGGGUCCUCGACAUGGUGCUUACACCAGCCAAAGUCAGCCAGGUGGAUGCAGGUUGGAUUGGUUUCUGGUCGACUAUUGGUGGAUGUGUGUUUGGAAUAGCGAUGGCCAGGUUUGCGGACUCUAUUCGUGGGAUGCUGAAGCUGAUCCUGGUCCUGAUGCUGGCAGGAGCCUCACUGUCCUCUACAUGGUUCACACUAACUUGCCUGAGCAGAUUCACUCACCUCCCCUCCACUGCAGCCAUCCUGUACACUUCCUGUAUCCUGGUUGGCAUUUUCAUUAACAGCAGCGUACCAAUAUUCUUUGAGAUCUUCAUCGAGACAGUGUACCCCGUUCCUGAGGGCAUCACCUGUGGAGUCGUCACUUUUCUUGGGAACCUGGUCACCGGUCUGCUCCUCUUCUUCCUCACCUUUUACUGUACAGAGCUGUCCUGGCUGAACUGGUGUCUCACUGGCUCCUGUCUCUUCAGCCUCGUCCUCAUUCUCUUCUUUAGGGAGUCUUACGACCGCCUCUACCUGGACGUUUUUGUCUCCGUGUGACACCAAACAAAAAGCCAACCGCGUAAUAAUAAAAAACUGAAUAAUUAUUCUUGCACAACCACGAAGAGAAAAGGGCCAAGAAGGGAAAGUGGAAAGCCCACAUUCUUUUAACAUGUAAUAUUUUAGGAUGUAAAUGUACAUAUUGUUGUUGUAUGGCUGCUGGGAUGAACCAAGAAGUGACUCUACACCAAUGUUGACCCGUGUAAGUGAUCCACUUGAUGCCACACGACUGUUCAGCGUUAACUGUUUUUAUUUGUGAGUCUGUAUUUGUUUGUAAACAAACAUUUGUGAAUGAUUUAAUUCUCUUAACCAGGCACAGCAUGACAGGCUGUUUGUUGGUGUUUACAGAUAAUAGAAUAUUUAAAGUUGUUCUCAGUGUCACCCCCGUGUGGCAGCUCGGUUCACCUGCGUCGACCAUGCAUAAAGUAACUUGACGCUGACUCAAAGCUAACAAACUGGAUGUCGCUCUAACUCCAGAUCAGCAUCAAACAUCUGCCUCCCAACAAGGAAGUACAGAGUGAUAACAGGACAACUUCAUCAGCCAAUCAGCAGGCCUGGCUGUGCUGAGUUGGAGCUAAAUGUGUGACCUCCUGUGCUUCUCCAAACUGCCGGCUGUGACUCACCAAGGUGACUUAAGUGGCCUGACAUGACCUGUGAUACUGCUUGUCAUCGAGAGUCGGUUAGAAUAUCAUGUUAUCUCGCACUCUCAAGACAAAUAUUAUGCAAAAAUGAUCGACCAGAUUCAUGUCGGCCAGAGAGGCGGGCCAGGACUGAAUAAACCUGGACUUGUUUCCCAUAAAUGAACUGUUCAUGUGGAAGAAGUUAAAGUAAUCUGAACUGUGACACCUUCACUUUUAAGAAUUUGUUCAUCCAUAUUUAUUGUUAAUGGUGUCAGUUACUUUGAGAUUUUUUUUUAAAUCUAACUCAAUAAUUUGUUUUAUUUACAGUUUUUUAAUUUGUUUUCUACAGCAGCCAUUGAAACUGUCUCAACACUAACACAAUUAACACCUAGUUUCAGUGAAACAGGAUUUUUUGUGACGAUUUCAACCACAGCUGUGGCAAACUGAGGAAAAUGAUUUUAUUAUACAAGCGUGAGGAUUACAUUGCCAAGCUACUCCUCCUCCUCCUCCUCCAAAGCACCAGCAGGUGUCUCUGCGCCAGCGGAGAAUCUACUAACAAAAAAAGAACUUAAGACACAAAGAAAAGAAAGUUGCCAUUUUCUUGGAUUUCUUGACUGAUAAAACUGUAGCUGUGACA